AUGCGGUUUGCUUCAAGGAAGAAUGGAAUGAAGAAGACCCUUUGUCAAAGGAGGGGCAGACGUGGUGUGAAGGCACGAAAUAUGACCAUGAGGGUCAGAAGACCUCUACAAGGGGCCUUCAGAAAGAAAAUCCGAUCGUAUGCCACUCAAUCGAUGAAGCGAAAGAAAACAAGAAAAGCAAACCUUUCCUUCUCUGGCUGUGGACGCACGAAAUAUGACCAUGAGGGUCAGAAGACCUCUACAAGGGACCUUCAGAAAGAAAAUCCGAUCGUAUGCCACUCAAUCGACGAAGCCAAAGAAAACAAGAAAAGCAAACCUUUUCUUCUCUGGCUGUGGAGCCCAGUGUCGUUUGUGUCCGGUGAAUCAAUUCAUCAUGUAAAUGGAAAGGCACGAAGUAUGGCCAUGAGGGUCAGAAGACCUCUACAAGGGACCUUCAGAAAGAAAAUCCGAUCGUAUGCCACUCAAUCUAUGAAGCGAAAGAAAACAAGAAAAGCAAACCUUUCCUUCUCUGGCUGUGGACGCACGAAAUAUGACCAUGAGGGUCAGAAGACCUCUACAAGGGGCCUUCAGAAAGAAAAUCCGAUCGUAUGCCACUCAAUCGACGAAGCCAAAGAAAACAAGAAAAGCAAACCUUUUCUUCUCUGGCUGUGGAGUUUUUAUGUCCUUUCCUCCAAACUGAUACCCUUGUCUUGUCUUCCAGGCACGAAAUAUGACUAUGAGGGUCAGAAGACCUCUACAAGGGGCCUUCAGAAAGAAAAUCCGAUCGUAUGCCACUCAAUCGACGAAGCGAAAGAAAACAAGAAAAGCAAACCUUUCCUUCUCUGGCUGUGGACGUAA